AAAUUGUGUGCCAAAUUAAAUAAAGUGUCAAUUGAUUAUUUAUAAUUAAUUAUACAGUAGUAAAUUUAAAACAAUUUUUUAGUUAAUUUUAUUGAUUUUAAAUUUUUAAAAAAUAAAAGCAAUGAAUUGUCCGGUGAUAGUGGUAUUGGUGUCACUAUUGCUGAUAAUCGCUGCAAACGUUGUGAUGGGUUGUAAUGAAGGUGUCUGUGCGUCGAUAGUCAGCAAAUGUAUGUUAACCGAGAGUUGCAAAUGUGAUUUCAAGCACAACCGCACCUGUAGUCAUGAUUGCCAUAAAUGUCUUGACUAUCUGUAUCACGAUUGCUGUUCGUGUGUCCAGAUGUGUCCCAAACCCAAUCUCACUGCUCCUCACCAACUGAGCUCUAAGUCUCACAUUGAGGACCUACUGGAGCCCAAUAACGAACUAUUCUCUGUUCUUACCGAACAAACUGAUCAUUUGCUGCGAUGGACAUCGUAUACGAUUCCGGCAAAGAUUGUCUUCAUGGAGGCCAACAACCGGACGACUACUUUUACAAACGGUUCGACCGAUGACAGCGUCGACGUAGAGAAUGAGACACCAGUUAACUGUACGGUCGCUUACAUGUCUCAGUGUAUGUCUUGGAACAAAUGCAAGUCUUCGUGCACAUCAAUGGGCGCCUCCUCUUACCGAUGGUUUCACGACAAGUGCUGUCAAUGUGUUGGCGCCUAUUGUCUUAAUUACGGUAUAAAUGAAUCCAAAUGUAUUCAAUGUCCGCUCGCCUCAGAAGAAGAUGUCGAAGAACACGAGUCUACCGCUGAUGACUAUGACUACAAUGAAAGUGAUAAUGAAGAGAGAGAAAAACAGAUAAAAGGGACGGACAAAGAGGCCAAAAGUGGUGAUAAACAAAGUGAUACAAAACAGGAUUCAAAAGAUACCACCGAUAAGACUGUCUAAAGAUCACUACUGUAAAGGAAAUCAUUGAUUCUUGAUUUUAAGAAAUAUAUUGUUUAAAUGAUUUGCAAUUACAGUAUUAUUAC